AUUCAGGACAUUAAAUACGGCAAAGAAACCCGUGAGCCGCCACGAAAACACUAAAUUGCUUAGAAAAGGAAACUUUGUCAAUGUCUUCAUUUAAGUAAGUGAAAGAUAAACGCCAGAGGAUAAUACGUCAUUUGUGGCUGUAGUGGUGGUGGUGGUGCUGCUGCUACUGCUUCUGGUGCAUUAAGUCCAACCAACAACCUUGGCUUCACUCAGCUCAACUCAACUUCCAACAGCAACAGGAGAGGGUGCUGCCAACACAAAAAAACCAAGUAACCAUCCCUUGCCUCCAAUGCGAAUGACAAGAAAAAUGUUCUAAAUAAAUUUAAGAAAAAGAAGAAGAAAAAAACCGACGCUGAGAACGAAUAAUCCAACACGUCAAGAAAAGAUUUUACACGACAUUAAUUUAUUGCAAGACAAAAGACGGAAGGAAUUCCCCCUCUACCCGUGUGGAUUGUCACCAUCAUUAUCAUCAACCGUAUUAUUCUUAAAACUCAAGAUUGAAGAGUAACAUUUUGUCCAAGAAAACCGGGAGAGAAUUCUAGCAGCAUCUUUAAGUACGCCAUACAUUGAUACACAAACAUAUUACAAAAUGAGAGGCCGCCAUUUACGUAGACGUUUCAGUUUACAGCCAUCCUUUAUGAAGGAUGACCAUGCCGAUGAUAAAACCAAACGUGACAAAGUUGGCCGGAAUAAUGCUGUGGACGAUGCCAUCGGCCCGACAAAUGCCCGUCACAAAAUCGUUGUCAUGGGCGCUGCUAAAGUCGGCAAAACCUCAAUAAUUACACAAUUCCUUUACAACACAUUUACGGCCAAAUACAAGAGGACCAUCGAAGAGAUGCAUCAGGGUAACUUCUCCAUAGCCGGUGUCAGUCUCACGCUGGAUAUUCUUGACACAGCUGGUUCAUAUGAGUUCCCCGCCAUGAGAGCCCUAUCCAUAUCCUCGGCAGAUGCUUUCAUUCUGGUCUAUGAUGUCACAGAUGCAACAACAUUCGAAGAAGUACGCAUGAUCCGUGAUCAAAUUCAUGAGACUAAGGGCACCUCAGCUGUCCCAAUUGUGGUUGUGGGUAAUAAAAUAGAUUUACUAACGGAAAACAGUGAUCUCAGAGAGGUUGAAUAUGCCACCACAGAAUCGGUUGUAACAGUAGACUGGGAAAAUGGUUUCGCUGAAGUGUCGGCGGCAAGAAAUGAAAAUAUCACUCAAGUCUUCAAAGAGCUAUUAUCACAGGCGAAAAUCACGUACAAUUUAAGUCCAGCAUUACGUCGACGCCGCCAAUCGCUACCACAACAAGUGGGCAAUAAUGGCCCCGGUACACCGACACACCACAACCAUCCAUCGUCACAUCAUCAGUCAGCGCACUCAUCUGCCUCGUCGUCAUCCGCCUAUGGUGGUGCAGCCGCAGCCCAUGCCCCAACAGCGGCCCAGUUGCAGCAUUUGCAGCGAAUACAGGAACGCAGUUUGGGUAGCAAACGUAAUUCCUGUGCAAUUUCCUAAAAAUGUCAACAGCAGCAGCAACAACAACAACAGUAAUAAUAAUAGUAACAGUAGCAACAACAACAACUGCUGCAGCUGCAGCUGCCAACCAGCAUUAGCAACAGCAAUCAAAAUAAACUAACCCAACAGCAGCAGCAGCAGAAACAACAACAGAAUCUGCUAAAGUGUUUACAAAACGGAUACAAAAAUCCUUUAGAAGAGACAUACAAACAUAUAUCCAUCCAUACACAAACAUAUAUAGCUACAUGCAUGGAUAUACUACAUGCAUAUACUUUUAUACAGUUUUAAGUACAUUUAUCAAAUGAACAGUAGUUGUGGUACAGUCAACGAAAUUUCAAUAGGGACACGCAAUUCUUUCAAAAGGAGAUUUUCUUUUAGAAUACACCAAAAAACAAAAUUUUUUUUUUUUAGAAGGCCACAUAAAAAGUUGUCCUUAAACCCCCGGGCCUAUAACUGUAGGAAUAUAUCAUUUGUUAAGGCCGAGAGGAGUUUAAUUGAAAUAAAGCUUGCCUGGAUGGUGUGUACGAUUAAAAAACAAGUACAAAGGCUGUAAGUUCGGCCGUGCCGAACUUUGAAUACCCUCCACCAUUUGGAACAAAUUUAGCAAUUUUGAAAAAAAAUAAAAUCCCUUAAAAAUUCUGUUAAAAUCUUAAAAAUACCAAAUGUAGCCUUCAUAUUAGGGCCUAAACAACGACGUGGACCUGCAUAAGCAACUUUGUCAUAAGCCAUUACAAUAUUCAAAUGCGAAACUUGAAGAAAAAAAACGGUGAAAAAUGUAACUAAAAUCAUCAAUAUGGGGAGGUACUAUUAUAUGAGGGCUAUACCAAAAUGUGGACCUGCACAGACAAAUUUCUGCCUUGGGCUGCAGUAUCCAUUACGAACUUCAAAUACUAAAUUUGAAACAAUUCCGGUGAAUAAUGUCGAUGAAAUCAUCAAAAUACCGAAUAUCGGGAGGUACCGUUAGAUGGGGGCUAUACUAAAUACAUGGCCCAUUUUCAAUACCAAAAGUCCAGCAGAUAAUAAUCAUUUGAGUAAAAUUUUAUCAAUCUACUUCAUUUCGUUCGGAAGCUAGAGUGAUUUCCACAGACGGAUAGACGGACAGGCGGAAGUCGCUAAAUCGGCAUAUAAUUUUAUGCUGAUCGAGAAUAUAUAUACUUUGUGGGGUCUAAAAUGUAUAUUUCGAGGCAAUUUAAUACCUCGUCAUUUAAAGGCAAUCAGACUCAUACAUCAUAUUUUAUAAUUGUUUUAAUUAUUCCAUAUUUCGAGCCUUUGUGGGGAAAUACCGAUAUUGUCUAUUUUAGCACCUGACCUAGCACUGCUCCAAAUAUUAGAAUUUGCAAAGUUGGAGCAAAUUCGGAGUAUCCUGUCCCUUUCUGUGUGGUAAAAUAUUGUUAUUAUUUUUUUAAAUUUCGACCUAUUGUGGGAGGUACCAGAAGGAGUGGACCGAUAUUGCCCAUUUCGGAACUCGAUCUAAGUUUGACGAUAAUAUUACGAUGUACCAAAUCGAAUACUCCAUCGAGAGUUAUCGCGCGCACCAGCCGGACAGAAAAAAAAGGCACCUUUAGAUCGACUCCAAAUAUCCUGAAAUGGAUUUGGCCUAAAGACGUUAUUUCGAUGAGACACUUUUUGGCCGUAUCAAAUGAUAUAUACCCUCUGUAGCCGUAUGGUUGAGGUAUAAAAAUCUUAUAUUUUUGAAGACCACAUAAAAAGGUCUCUCAUAUCCUCAGCCUUCUGGCAACAGGAAUAUUUCAUUUGAUAAGGUCAUGAUGUGUCUGAUUGAAAUAACGUUUAUUUUUUAAUAGAUUUGGUGAACAAUAACCGUGAAAUCAGCUGAAGAUAUUUCUGGAAGCUAUAUGCAAAUCUAAAUCGGUCUCGAUAACAUUUGCAGAGAUAUUUCUGAGCUGUAUCUGUACUCAAUGUCAUCGUUUUGGAUGUGUGUAUUGCGAAUGUGAUGGACUUAAACACCAAAUCGUAUGAAACAUAUAUAUGGGAGCUGUAACCAUAUCUUAACCGAUUUUGGAGGACAUGCUACCGAAAUUAAAAGUUCUUGCUUCUAGACUACAUUCGGUCGUAUGUGCCAAAAUCCAUUCCAUUUGGGAUAAUAUUAACCAUUUGGUGUACAAAAAUCCUAAAUCGGAUAAAGAUAUGUAUAUUAACUAUAUCCAAAUCUGAAAGUAUUUUUGAGCUAUAUGAUUCUACCAAAUAUCGUGGUUUUAGAGUUUAUUGCGAAUGUGAGGGAUAUUGCGAACGUGAGGGACUUAAACACCAAUUCUGAUGAAACGUGUGUUUGAAUAUUUCGCUACCGAUUUUCACCAUAUUUGACAUACUUACUUCUAGGCUGACUUCGGUCGAAUAUGCCAAAAUCCAAUAAAUUUUAGCUGACAUUACACAUUUGGUGCAGAAUAUUAUUGAAAUCGGGUAAAGAUAUAUAGAGGUAUUUCUGAGCUGUAUCUGAUAUCAGGUAAAAAUAUCAUUGUUGUGGUGUGCGUAUAACUUGAUAACUUAACGAAUUCAAUAUUUAAGGCAUAUGUCCGCACCGAACCAUAAACCAUCUCACCUUGAGAAUGGAGAGGCAUAUCAACAAUAACCUUUGGGUUUUCUAGCCCCAUAUGUUACAAUUUUGUUGGUUGAUGUAGCCUUCGAGGUGGAAAUGGACCUCAUCGGUCGAGAUGAUUUUAUCCGAUGAAAUUUCGGAUAAUUUUCAUCCAUUUGGUAUUGAAAGUGUAAUAUAUUGAUCCUCGUUUAGAUAUAGCAACACACAGCGACACCCCCUGAUUUUCGGAAUUUUGAAGGGAUUUGCCUCAAAUUCCAACCAAAUAAGCUAAUUUGAUAAUUUGGGUACAUCGUAGAUAGAUUAUCUCCUCUCAAAAUUUAAUAAAGUUUUGGAAAAUUGUUAUCCAUUUCAAGGACCCUACCCACAAAGACACCAUGUUGUUGAUGGUCAGCUGGUUUGGGUUUUUGUAGGCCCAAUAAAAUAUAUAUUUAUGAUCAACGUAAAAUUUUAUGCCGAUUUAUCCAACAUUUAGGGCCGGAAAUUACUCUGGGUUGUUAUAUGGAGGGACAUCGGUAAUUCUACUUAAAAUAUCACGCUAAUCAAAAAUAUACAUGAUUUAUGGGGUCUUCAAUGAAUAUUGUGAAAGAAAAGCAUGCGAAAAAAAAGUGUGGUUUUCAAAAUUUUAAUUUUUUUUAAAUAAAAUUGAAAAAUUUGUCAUAUGUCUCCCGAACCGGUCAUAGGCCCACAAUCACUUUUAAGGUCAAUUCUAUAACCCAUACUAAAAUUUUUUUUCUUUUUAAUUAAAGACUGUAUUUUAAAAUUUAUUUAUAAAGGUGGUUUAACGUUUUGAGAAUGCCCAAUUCUGUAGCUUUUUUAAAACUUGACUCAUUGUGUAUUUUUCAAAAACUUCAUUUGUUUGUUUGGUUAUUGUUUCAAUAACAAAUAAAAUUUUGACAACUUUUCAAUCGAAAAAGGUUACAGUUGAUGGAUUUUUCAUGACAACUGAUUGGAGUUGAGUUAAAAUAAAAUAUUAUUGUAUUGUGUCCCCAUUUAAAUUUCGUUCACUGUACCUAAAAUUUAUUACCCUGAAAUCGAUGUUAGCAUGUAUGUGUAUGUGUAUCAUAGAAAAUGAAUCAAGUAUUGUGUGGUGUAGUGGUACUUCAAACAAUGUUGUCUCUCUGUCUGUCUUUCACUCUGUCAAUUUCUGUUCUAUGUUCUAUGAUAUCGUUGUCCUUGAUUAUAAUCAUGCAAACGAUGAUGAUGAUGAUGUUAAGAACGAGGAUGAUGAUACUUCCAAAAUAGUUUUAUUAACAAAUUUCAAAUACAUUACAGAGGAAAAUAGAUUCCUGUGGUUUACAAUGGAACACAACAAUUUUAAAGUGAAACCAAAAAGAGAAUAAAGUAAAUUAAAAUAAACUGCAAUUGAAUGAAGUUCAACAUACUAAAAUUAAUUGA